UAAUUUAAUAUGGGAAAAAUUAUAAUCGAAUACCUUGAAGGCAAAAAAAUUUAUGCAUGCAAAAAAUGCAAUGUUCAUCUUUCAAACUAAGAAUGCUUAUUUUCUAAAGUAAUUCCAUGACUUUAAAUUUUAGCAAUUCACAGGAACUUCAGGAACAGCAUUUCUAUUUGAUAAAGGGUAAUAGUUUUAAAUAUAAAAGUAUUAAUUAUCUAACAGGAAAACCAGAAGAUAAAAGGUUAAGAACUGGUUUACAUACUACACAAGAUAUAAAGUGUAUUAAAUGCUAAACUUAUCUUGGAUGGAAAUAUGUAAUUUCUUGAAUUACAAUAUUUAAGCUUAAAGCUUACGAAUAAUCUGAGAAGUACAAAGAGGGUAAAAUCAUUUUAGAAAAGUUGUUUCUAACUAAAAUCAAAUGGAAUUGA